AUGAUAUCCCGGGGAUUCCGUUCUGUGAACCCAUUCAACACGCCCGUGAGUCAGCCGCGCAGCAACACGCCCGUGACUCAGCCGCGCAGCAACACGCCCACGCCCACGCACGUCAUGGGUGCACGCGCUGCUGCUUCCACCGCUUCUGGGAAGAGCGCUACUGUCACCACCGCUGCUGUUAACGUGAAGAGCGCCGCUGUGAAAAGUGGUGCUGUGAGGACUGUUCCAGCUAUUCCUGCAGCAGCCAGGGGAUCGUCAGCCAAGGCUACAGCGGCUGCUGCUGUGAAGCCUGUUGCUGCUGUCAAGAGCGUUAAGCCCGCAGCUGCUGCAGCUAAAGGCACGCCAGCCAAGGCCGCACUUGUGACGCCUGCAGCUGCUAAGAGUGUUGCUGUUAAGAGCAGCCCAGUGGGGUCGGUGGCAUUAAAAGCGGCAAGAGAGAAGGCGAGGGAGCAGGGCAAUGGGAGGGCAGCACACACGGCGGUGCGUGCAGCAGCAGCAGGGAAUGCGGCGUUGGGAGGGGUGGAGGCAGCAGGAGGGCGAGCAGCAUGUUUGGGCGAGAUUUCAGGGCGUGGUGGCGGUGCCACCUCCCUCUUUGCCAUCUUUCUCAUUGUCAUGCUUCCACUCUCAUCAUGGCAUGCAACUGUCAUGUUCCCAUUGUCAUGCUUCCACUCUCAUCAUGGCAUGCAACUGUCAUGUUCCCAUUGUCAUGCUUCCACUCUCAUCAUGGCAUGCAACUGUCAUGUUCCCAUUGUCAUGCUUCCACUCCCAUCAUGGCAUGCAACUGUCAUGUUCCCAUUGUCAUGCUUCCACUCUCAUCAUGCAGCUGCCAUGAUUCCACUGAAUCGCGCGUACAUCAGUUCGCCAGACCUCCGCGGCUCAGCGGUGCAACGGCUUGGCGGGGCUCAGCGCGGAGGAGCAGCGGAGCGGGGAACGGAGAGCGCAGCAGUGUGGCAGCAGCGACGCGCCCACGCGGAAAGUCAGGCUCAACGCGCAAAUAUGGGGGUAGGAAGCAACGACUCUCUUAGACGCACAUGCCUUGUUCGCGCCGCUCCUCCCGUCCGCCUCCGCCUGACGUCGCCAGCAGUGCGUGUUUGCGCGAACGCGGGGGACGCGGCAAGUGGAGGCGGAAGGUGGCUGAAGCGCGGGGGGAAGCGCGGAGGAGCGAGCGGGAACAUGCGAUGUCUACUUGCCUCUCCCCUGACAGCGCCCUGA